AUGCACCUCUCACACCCACACCCACACUCUCACACAAGAGAAAUACUCGUCUCCAUCAACCGCGACCCCCUCAUCUGCGAGCCCGAAACCAAAACCAAAGACUCCGCGAACCUCAACCGCGCCCGCAGUCUCAGCAGCAUCAGCAGCACCGACACCAAGUCCUCGAACUCGAAGACACGCAUACGCAGAUGCAAAAUCGCUCUUAGCUCUCUGACAGACUCAAAUCUGAAACGCAGCGUCGUCACAAACAGCACACUCGCGACUCUACCAAGCGUGAAAUGGAGUCACAUCACAGAUUCCACACUAACAAACAUCCUAAGCCUCAAACGCGCAAAUCUGGAUUCUGCGACGGUCUCGAAUGUAGUCUCCAUCCGCCGCGCGACGAUCAUUGCGUCUACAAUCUCGGACGCGAUCACAAUCAAGAAAGCAACUGCUCAAAACAGUUUGCUGCGAAGAGUGCCGCUGCUGGAGCGGUCCACAGUCAAGAAUUGUGUUGUGAGUGAUUGCAUUAUUUUCAAGACUGACUUUGAUGGCAUGGUGCUUGAGAAUGGGAUUUGGAAGGGGGGUCGUUUGGUGGGGAGGGUUGAUCGGGGAAAGGAGGUUGUCGUUAGGGCUAUGGAGGAGGAUGGGUUUUCCGAUGAGCGGGUUGGGAAACGUGAUGAUAUAAAUGAGAAGGAAAGGGCGAGGGAUAUUAAUGAUUCGUUGAUGAAGGAUGAUAAGGACUACGAGGAUGAGGAGGUACUGCCGCUUUACAAGUUAUGA